GACAUUCCCACAUAGUCACGUGGUCCUGACAGAAAGUUUCAUGUGUUCAUAUCUCAAUUUAUUUACAGGAACAUCAGUGGAACAUUCCCAAGCAUGGGUCCAUCCACCCCAGCCUGGAUCACUGACAACAUAACAAUGAAUGGAAGUUACUACACUGAAAGCUUACACUGUGUCACCAUGUACAAAAUCAUCAAUAUUCUUAAUGUCAUCAUUGCCAUGCUUGGGCUGGCAGGAAAUGCCAUAGUGUUAUGGCUUCUGGGCUUCUGCAUGGACAGGAAUGCCUUCUCAGUCUAUGUCCUCAACCUUGCUGGGGCUGACUUCCUCUUCCUCUGCUUUUGGACUGUGUAUUCCCUGGAACAAAUUUUUCUUCUCUUCAAUGUCAACUCCUUCUAUGUUCCAUUCUAUCUCACCAAUUUAUCACUCACUGCCUACCUUGCAGGUUUAUGUAUGAUUGCAACCAUCAGUGUUGAGCGAUGCCUGUCUGUUUUGUGGCCCAUCUGGUACCACUGCCAGAGACCAAGACACAUGUCAUCUGUCCUGUGUGCCCUGCUCUGGACCUUCUCUCUACUUUUAAGCCUCCUGUUAGGGUUUAGGUGCAGUUCACUGCUUAGCGGUUUGGGAUAUUCUUUCUGUAAAACUGCUACUUUUACCACUGCUACUGCUGUAUUUAUAACAGUACUAUCUGUAGUUCCUUGUGGAUUCAACCUGUUUCUGUUGGUCAGGAUCUUCUGUGGCUCACAGAGGAUUCCUGUAACCAGGUUGUAUGUGACCAUUGCACUCACAGUGCUGGUCUUCUUACUCUUUGGUCUGCCCUUUGGUAUCUAUUGUAUGCUUUUCAUUUCAAAUACAAAGUUGCCUAGAGUUUCCUCUUGCAAUAGUAUUCAAAUUACAGUUUUUCUGUCCUGUGUCAACAGCUGUGCCAACCCCAUCAUUUACUUCUUUGCUUCUGCAGAGAGCCAUGCAGGACACUCCUGA